AUGAUAAACCAAUAUUUGAAAAUUCUCCAAGACAAAAUUCGCAAUCACAUUCGUUCGGUCGACUCGGGAAAUGCUAUUCUGUUCUUUUGUGUUUCAGCAAUAACAGUCUUCUUGCUCUGCGUACUAAGCUCUCCAACGAUUCAAGAAACAUGGCACCAGCGAAACAACAGGGUUCCCUCACAGAAUCCACGUGGCAUCGAGAACAAAAGUAUUCCGGAGAAAAUCAAAUCGGGUGGAAAACGGAAGCGGCGAUUCGCGAAAAAAGACAUUCGAGCGAUGGAAAUGGAGGAGAAGCAGCGGAAAAAAGAGGAGAAAAAAGAGGAAUCGAGGGCGGAACGGUUGAGACAGAAGCAGACGGAAAAUGGGCAACAGAAGAAGGUUCAGAAGGCGUCGAUGAAGAAAAAUUCAUCGAAAAAUGCUGGAAUUCCGGUGGAGAAUCGACAGAAAAAAACAAUCGGAGUGAUGACGAAUGUUCCGACGAAGAGGAGCUGA